AUGUCUUGGGCAGGGCCAAACGGCAACAAUAACCCCUUCAAUCAUCCAGGUGGCCCCCAGGGCUUCUGGAACUUUAUUCACUCUAUGAACCCCAACACGCGCGCCGGCGCUGGCGUUGACUACUCCACCCCGUGGGCCAAUGUCCCCCCGGGCUUCCCUUUCCACGGCGCCGAGUUCGGUCUGGGCAGCGGCCACGGCGGAUGGGGCGCCUACGGCGGCUGGGGCGAACCCCGCCGAGGCGGCUUCAGCCAACGUCGCGGUGGCAGCCGAAGCGGCUACAGAGGCCGCCACGGCCCUCACCGACGCCACGGCAUGAACGAGGCCGACGAGGCCAUGUACGAUGCUGAGGACAACGCGCGUGACACGGCCGAGGAGGAGAGCGGCGAGUCCUCCGACAAGGAAAAGGAUGGCUCCCCCGACACCAUGCGCGAUAGCCCCGAAGAUGGCCCCGAGGGCGGCCAUCAUCACGGCCCAGGCCGCCACGGUCGCGGACGCCACGGCCGCGACCCUGGGCACCCCAAGCGGGGCCACCCUCCUCACGGUCCCCACCCUCCUCACGGUCCUCGCCGCCCACCCUCCCCACCACCGCCCCCUCCCCCCGGCCCUCACCCGCCAUUCUUCGGUGGCCACCCCCACCCACCACCGCCCCCGCCUCCGCCUUACCACCUGCCCGGGGAAUUGCAGCAGUGGCUGAACCAGUUCGCCGGCCACCCUCUCGCCCAGCAGAUCCGCGAGUGGGCUUCCCGCUUCGGCGUCAACACCACCGGUCCCGCCCCCCGCUCCCGCGGCCACGGCCCCGACUUUGCCGACGACGAGUCCUCCUUCACGCCGCCCGCCGACAUCUUCGCCACGGAAAAGGCGUACGUCCUGCACUUCGCGCUCCCCGGCGCCAAGAAGGACGACAUCGGCGUCGACUGGAACGCCGAGAAGGGCGAGCUCCGCGUCGCCGGCGUGGUCUACCGCCCCGGCGACGAGGACUUCCUUGCGACCAUGACGUCGAGCGAGCGCAGGAUCGGCAUGUUCAGCCGCUCCGUGCCCCUGCCGCCCGCCGGCUCCGUCAGGGAGGAGAUUGACGCGCCCUCCAUCACGGCCAAGAUGGAGGACGGCAUCCUCAUCGUCACUGUCCCCAAGCUGGAAAAGGAGUGGACCGAGAUCCACAAGGUCGACAUCAAGUAA